GACGCGUCAUCCUUUCGGCUGCGGCUUCGAAUCGAUUCUAGAGAGCUGUGCGCGGCCUUUCUUUGCUGCUUUUGUUUCAGCCCAACAAUUACCCAAACUAUCUGCUGUUUAAUUCGUUAUGAUGGCGGGAAAUAAACUCUCCGUCAAACUCCCGACUUUUCUGCUCCUUAUCACUGGACUGUGUUAUCAAGUUGCUGCUGACGACGGGCUGGUGAACGAGGAGGUUAAACGAACCGUGGACCUGAGCACGCAUCUUGCUAAGAUUACAGCAGAGAUACUUCUGUCAAACCAGGGAGAUUCUGCCGUGCAUAGCUUUAUAUUAGCAGUAGAGUCUGACCUGGCCCCCCACCUCGCGUACAUCGGAGCAUCAGUAAAGGGUGAUGAAGAGGAGGAUGGUAUGCUUGAGCUCAAGCAGACAGCAAUCCAAGGUCAAAGUGGGGAGUUCUACAAGGUGCAGUUGCCAUCCAGCCUGGGCGCGGGCGCUAAGCUGCGGGUGAAGGUGGAGACCGUGUUCAGCCAUGUCUUGAGGCCCUUCCCCACCCACAUCACCCAGGCGGAGCGUCAGCUGGUGGUGUUCCAGGGGAACCACUAUUUGUUCUCUCCCUACCCCACCCGCAGCCAGACAACCCGCGUCCGCCUCGCCUCUAAGACCGUGGAGACCUACACCAAGUUGGGCAACCCCAGCAAGAGCGAUGACGCCAUAGAGUACGGCCCCUUCCGCGACGUGGCCCCCUUCAGUGAGGACACCAUGAAAGUCCACUAUGAGAACAACACCCCCUUCCUCACCAUCAGCAGCAUCACGCGUACCAUUGAAGUCUCUCAUUGGGGCAACAUCGCUGUGGAAGAGACCAUUGACUUGAGGCACACCGGGGCAUUUCUGAAAGGGCCUUUCUCCCGUUAUGACUAUCAGCGCCAGUCUGACAGCGGCAUAUCCUCUGUGAAGUCCUUCAAGACCAUCCUUCCUGCCUCAGCUCAGGAUGUGUAUUAUCGGGAUGAGAUCGGCAACAUCUCCACCUCCCACCUCCAGGUGCUGGAGGACUCUGUGGAGGUUGAGGUGAGGCCCCGCUUCCCGCUGUUUGGCGGCUGGAAGACCCACUACAUUAUUGGCUACAAUCUGCCCAGCUACGAGUAUCUCUACACCCUGGGUGAUCAGUACGCUCUGAAGAUGAGGUUGGUUGACCAUGUGUAUGACGACCAGGUCAUCGACUCGCUCACCGUGAAACUCAUACUGCCAGAAGGUGCCAGGAACAUCCACGUGGAGACGCCCUACCCCAUUGACCGCGUCCCGGACCAGCUACACUACACCUACCUGGACACCUUCGGCAGGCCUGUGUUGGUGGCCUCCAAGACCAACCUGGUUGAGCAGCACAUCCAGGACAUAGUGGUGCAUUAUACCUUCAAUAAGAUACUGAUGCUCCAGGAGCCUCUGCUGGUGGUGGGGGCCUUCUACAUCCUCUUCUUCACCGUCAUCAUCUACGUGCGCCUGGACUUCUCUAUUACCAAGGACCCAGCGGCCGAGGUGCGUAUGAAGGUGGCGUCCAUCACAGAGCAGGUCCUGACCCUGGUCAACAAGCGUCUGGGGCUGUACCGUCACAUGGAUGAGGUGGUGAAUCGCUACAAGCAGUCCCGAGACGCCGGGGCCCUGAACAGCGGCCGGAAGACCCUGGAGGCUGACCACCGAACCCUGACCAAUGACAUCAGCUCUCUGCAGGCCCGCCUCAAAGCAGAGGGCUCUGAUCUGGCUGAUAAGGUGGGGGAGGUGCAGAAGCUGGACGGCCAGGUGAAGGAGCUGGUGUGCCGUUCCUGUCAGGAGGCUGAGCGCUUGGUGGCCGGCAAGGUGAAGAAGGAGGCCUACAUCGAGAACGAGAAGAACCUCGCAAGCAAGAGACUGGAUCUGGUGACCCGCAUUGACAGCCUGCUGGACACCCUGUAGACACCACACUACACGUGUUUGGCUGUACUCACACACACACACACACACACACACACACACACACACACAGGUGCUGCUUGAGUUACACAUCCGUUGAACUGCUAUUGCAAUCAUUUAAAUAAAUAAAAUAAAUGUCAACAUUUGUACAGGCGUACAUGCCUGGCUGUCUGUCCGCCUUCUGAGACCCACGCACUCAUUUAAAGUCACCUGUAGGUGUUUGCCUGUGCCAUGGUGCCUCGCUAAGUAACACCACGGCAUCUCAUUUAACACCGCAGGGAAUGCUUGUGCCACGUCUCACGAGGCAGUGUCCCAGCGUUCAACUGUGGAACUGCUCUGUCGCUCAGAGUAAAUGCAGCAUUGUGUAGAAAUUUACAAUACUUUUUUUGUAUCGUUUUGUUCAUUUCUCUCUUUUUUUUUUUUAAAUGAUUGUCGGAAAUACAUUUUCCCUUACGGAUGUUUGAGUUACUGUCAGUCGUCUUGUACAUGGCCGAUGUCUGUGUUCUUCCAACUCGUGCCCUCUAAACAUUGCAGUAGUCAUCAGUGCCACUGUCUCAAAUGAGGGGACCGUUGUGAGUCAAACAUCCACUGAAUGUCAUCUUUGCACUUACGAACUACAGUUGCUACUUCCCACUAGCCAUUACAUGUGUGUAUUUGAACAAAAAACAGAUCUACUUGUGUGUGGACAGAAAAGGGUUGUUCUCUUCAUGUUAAUUUUCUCAUUGUCCCUUUGUAAUAUUUUCUAACAUUUGUAAUAUUUCUCUUUUUGUAAAUUACAUUUUCUUUCAUAGGAGCUUAGCGAAUGCAUGAGAUUAGGCCAUCUGUGUGGGGAAGAGUAUGGGGCAAUUGAAGAUAUUGAGUGAUAACAUGGAAAAAAUGAACCAAAUUUAAAAUAAAAAAUAAAAAGCA